CCACAACACUGACCAAGAUACAUUCAAAGGCAUCUGUCCAAUUUUAUUGCUUGACUAACCACAUUGUCGAUUCUACCAAAAUGUCUGUGACAUCGAAAAAUCAAUUAAUAUUCAUCAUGGACCGCACUGCAAGAGCGUGUCGAUAUCGGAAAUUUGCGAAUCCAAGACAGGUAUAUAGUACGAAAAGCAAGUACGCAUGGGCUUUUCGACAAAGCCCUCCUGUUGUGUGUUUAUAGAAUGAGCAAAGUCUCUACUACAUCUCUCCCUUCGGAGUCAGCUUGGUCAAAGGGCUCACCUGCAGAGCAAUUCAUCUGCAGCUCUUUCGUCGCGAUCGCAGUCUUCCGCUCCAAUAGCUUACUUCUCACUCGAGGACGUCCAAGUGCAGUCAGGCUGGGGCGUGUCCAUAAAAGAUGGCGUCUCAGUCCCUCGAAAUAAUGUCGGAUCAGUAAUAGCACAACCAGGUCUGAUUUUACUAUCACUCCAAAACCAUUUCUCGUUCUAACUGUUACUCUUAGC